AUGGACGCCAGGACGACAACGGCCGAAACCCAGCAUUCUUAUUAUAGCUCGCCGACCUGGACACAAUCAUCUACCGCUUCCCCCGACCACCCCUCUAUCGAUACGGCAACUUCGGCGACGACAGCAGCAGAGAAGGCUGCUUCCCCAUCUUCCGCCAAGCUCGCCGGAUUCUCACAAUUUUCCCAUCUUGCCAUACCGACGACGGUCCAGCAAGCACCAUCAUAUCCCCUUGAAGGCUCGCUGGACGGCGCCUCAAACCACCACACUCUCUCCCACGGACCCGGAGCCGCUGGAGUCACCCAGUUUGCUUGCCCCAUCGAUUUCCUCCCCCUGUGGUUUCCCCAGCAGUCCAACAUCUACUACGCACAGCUCCUUAACUACAACAGACUCGUCUCUCCCAGCCGCGGGGGCGGGCUGCAGACACCACCACUUCCACCCGUCGUGGCUGCCUCUCACGCCCAAGCAGGGACUCGCUCCCGAUCAUCAAGCAAGGUGUCGGUGAAAGACCACUCGACUGCUAAGAAUUCCACCGCAGGAGGCCAUGGGAGUCGGUCACACCAGGGUCCGGACAAGAAUCGCUCCGUCGUAACCAGAAAGGAGGCCCCGCCAUCCAAGAUGCCCUCGAAAAACACAUCAGCACAGGCCCAGCCGGUGGAAUCGAUAAAGAAUUCUUCUGGCAGGCCGAGCAAUCUAUCCUCUUCCUCCUCACAGCGUUCACAGGCUCCUUCGCAUUCGAGCUCAGUGCCUUCGACUCCCCAUCAGCGAGCUCGACAAUUCUCAUUCGAGUCCCGCGAGCCGUCGCCGACCGAGAAUGUAAACAACCACUCCCCCCGGUCUGCAUAUUCCGAGACCAAUAGCACCCUUCCUUCCCUGCGGCCGUUACCGCCUCCUCGACAUGGGGGCUGCAAGUACGAGACUUCGCAGAUCAACUCUAGGAGAAGAGUACCGUAUUCCAUCGGCAACGAGCGGCUGGAAAAGAUCCCGUUGGGCAAAAUUAAGGGAAAGUUGACAGAGGAGGAGGAACGCAAGGUAGCCACAGAUAUGCGCGAAGUUUACGAUCGAUUAAUACCGAGCGAGGCUGUCGAGGAGAAGAGAACGAAGUUGGUUGCCAAGCUGGAGAAGAUUUUCAACGAAGAAUGGCCAGGUCACGAUAUCCGGGCACAUUUGUUCGGCUCAUCGGGCAACCUGCUCUGCUCAGAUGAUUCUGAUGUCGACAUCUGUAUCACAACGUCAUGGCACGAGCUAGAAGGCGUCUGCAUGAUUGCUGAUCUAUUAGCUAGGCGUGGCAUGGAAAAAGUAGUCUGCAUCUCCGCAGCCAAGGUUCCAAUUGUGAAAAUGUGGGAUCCGGAGCUAGGUUUGGCAUGCGACAUGAAUGUCAACAAUACUCUCGCGCUCGAGAAUACACGAAUGAUUCGAGUUUACGUAGAAACAGAUCCCAGGGUGCGCCAGCUUGCCAUGAUCAUAAAGCAUUGGACGAGAAGGAGGAUCGUAAACGAUGCCGCUUUCGGUGGAACUCUGAGCUCCUAUACAUGGAUUUGCUUGAUAGUUGCGUUCCUCCAACUCCGCACACCCUCGAUUCUUCCGGCCCUACACCAACUUCCAUACAAGAUCCAAAAACCAGAUGGCGCAAAGAGCGACUUUGCCGACAAUUUGAAGAAAUUAAAGGGUUUUGGGAAGGCCAACAAGUCAUCCGAGGCUGAUCUUCUUUUCCAAUUUUUUCGCUUCUACGCCCACGAGUUCGAUUACGAGAAGUAUGUGCUCUCGGUCCGUCUCGGUACUCUGGUGACCAAGACCGAUAAGAAGUGGCACUACGCGAUCAACAAUCAGCUGUGUGUGGAAGAGCCGUUCAAUACCUCUCGUAAUCUUGGCAACACGGCGGAUGAAUACUCUUUCAGAGGGCUUCAUCUCGAGUUACGCCGAGCUUUCGACCUGAUAUCGGCUGCCAAGUUUGAAGAAGCAUGCGAGCAAUACGUAUUUCCAAAAGAGGAGGAAAGAGUUUGGUCAAGGCCGCCCCCCCAAUCUCGUCCGGUUUUACUUCGCAGCGCAUCACAAUCUCAUUCAGGAGGCGGUAGAGGUGGCCGCGGCGGCCGAGGUGGCAGGCAUAACUACAGAGGCAAUGGCAACAAUGGGGGUUCAAAUCGACGUGCCUCGUCCAGCGUCCCAACCUACGACCAAAACGUGUUUCCGCCAAGUGUAACGAUGCAACAAGACUUGGCAUGGUACCAAAACCCUCAGUAUCAGUACCAGUAUACUGCUCACGACCUCAUGAACCCGCAUCUAGUGUAUCAACAGGAGGGCAUUCGGCAGUUGCAACUGUAUAGUGCAUCAUUUGGCCAGCACCAAACUAUUGGCCAACAGCCCAUGGGAGCAAAUUCGAAUCCGGCUCAGAAUCAACAGUCAGACCGUUCAAGGACCGAUGGAAUUGACAAUCCGCCGAUCAGUGCCCCACUACGCCCAGAUUUAUACUCGCUCUACGGGAUGACUCUUGGCCCAUCGUUCUUCGCCCAUGCAGGCGCAUCGGGCUACGGGACCUAUCCCUCCUCGCCUGCGACGACCAAUGGAGCUGGCCCUGACUAUCGGCGGCCCUUGCAACGAGGAUCCGUCACAACUGAGAAAGGUGGACCGGGUUCAAGUAGUUCGCUUAGGUCGCAAUCUCAACCAGCGCGGUCACAACCUCCGAUGCCACCCAGCGCUACCGGGCAGAUACCAAUCCCAGCGAGCCAGUCUACAACGAACGUUUCUAACCCCAGCCAAGGAAACAGCAACGGCAUGACCUUUACGCCGACCGAGGAAGAAUUUGAUGCCGCCGCGAGGACUUCAUCGUCUCUGUCGUCUCAACCCAGCGAGGGCUUUGAUGGCGCAGCACAGCAGAAAGCAGGGUUGCCGUCUCCGGGGGUGAGCAACGGCAUCGCGUUUGGGGACAUUGCCAGUCAAGCUACACGAAGCCCAGGGAGAAGACGUCUCACUACUGAUCAGCUCCCACAGACAAUUCUUGACAGGAGGAUGAGAAGAACAUCCAGGUCGCCAUCGCCACUUGGAGCAAAUGCCGGUCAUGCCCGUCGGUUAUCCGCGGAAGGCAACUCGUCACCGCUUUCCCAGGGCACAGGAGGAAGCCAACCGCGAAACUCGUCACGGCCGCUGGUGGUAAAUGGAUCAAACCUUCGCACAAGCGUCAGUGCUGGGCCACGCCCAACCAGCUCGGCAUCGCCUGCCUCAGAACGCGCCAGCGAUACAAGCCUCGAAAGUGCCCAGGCAAAUUACCAAGCACCUAAAAGCCAGAACCUAGGGCAUUUGCCGGCAUCUCAACCGCAUCCUGCCGUCAAUCGGCCGCCAGUGGUGGUCAAUGGGUCGAAUAGCACUACCCACCAUCAGCCAGCAGCCGAUGAUACCUCUUUCCGAGAACGAAUCGCCAUGAUGAGCUCUCAGUACAUGAAUCCUCAGGGUAUUGCACAGGACAUGCCAUUUCUCAACGGCGAUCCGUUGAUGCGGCAACAGUUCAUCGCUGAGAAUCAACACAACGCAAUCGCCCCGCUCGAUCUAGCAAUGUCCAGCGAUCAGGUGUAUCAAAAUCAUCAUGCAACUGCCGCGGAAAUAUCCCUGCUGUCACCUGUGUAUGAGGCUCAGACACCGUCGCCUGUCGUCUCCAGGACGGCAAUGGAUUUUCCUGGACUAGAUGAAAAGAGUAACAAUGGGCAAGCUGAGAACAAGAAGCCUUCGUGGACGACUAUGGCAAAGCAAACCUCGCGCGCAAAUGAUCAAACACAAGAAUCACAGGAGAGCUCCAAGCCAACAAAAAAUCAGAAACAAGGCGGCUCAGCUAAUGGCCCUAGACAGAAUGGGCACGUCCGGGGUGCUCGGAGCGAAAGCGAUGGCGGGUGGCAACGAGCCGGCAAGGGAAAGAAGAAGACUGCAGCUGAGCCUCAACCGGCCAAUGCAGAGCUGCCUCCCAAACGAGCUUCAGAGCGGAAAGGCGGCUAA